AUGACCAGGCUCACUAUUCUUGCAGGGUUAUGUCUGGUGAUUUGCCAGCUGGGAUCUGCCACCCAGAUGGUGUGCUACUUCACCAACUGGUCCCAGUACAGACCUGGUGAGGGCAAAUAUAUGCCAAAAGAUGUGGACCCCUUCCUCUGCACCACUCUGAUCUAUGCCUUCUCCAUCAUCAACCAUAACAACGAGCUGGUUACCUACGAGUGGAAUGAUGAUGUCCUCUACAAGUCCUUCAACGCUCUGAAGACCAAGAAUCCUCAUCUGAAGACUCUGCUGGCUGUUGGUGGCUGGAACUUUGGUUCAAGACAGUUCUCAAUCAUGGUGUCUACUCCAGCCAACCGUCAGACAUUCAUCCAGUCUUCUAUCAAAUUCCUGAGGACUCAUGGAUUUGAUGGUCUGGAUCUGGACUGGGAGUACCCUGGUGCUCGUGGAAGUCCCCCAGAGGACAAACAGAGGUUCACUUUGCUCUGCAGGGAACUGGUUGCUGCCUUUGCAGCUGAGGCCAAGGCCACUGGCAAUCCUCAGCUCAUGCUGACUGCUGCAGUUGCAGCUGGGAAGGGAACCAUCGAUGGUGGAUAUGAGAUUGCUGAGAUUGCCAAGGAACUGGACUUCAUCAAUGUGAUGACCUAUGACUUCCAUGGAACUUGGGAGCAGUUCACUGGACACAACAGCCCUCUUUUCCGUGGCUCUGAGGACUUCGGUGAUCUAAUUUACUUCAACACAGACUAUGCCAUGAAGUACUGGAGAGACAAUGGCGCCCCUUUGGAGAAGCUGAGGAUGGGAUUCGCUGCAUAUGGUCGCACCUUCCGUUUGACAUCAUCAAACAGUAGCGUUGGAGCCCCAGCUAACGGUGCUGCAUCAGCUGGUCCAUUCACACGUGAAGCUGGAUUCUGGUCCUACUAUGAGAUUUGUGGUUUUGUGAAGGGCACCACCAUUCAGUGGAUUGAGGAUCAGAAAGUUCCCUAUGCCACCAAGAACAAUGAGUGGGUGGGAUUCGACACCAAGGAGAGCUAUGAGAUCAAGGUGCGCUACCUGCAGGAGCAUAGGUUUGGUGGUGCCUUUGUGUGGGCCCUCGAUUUGGAUGAUUAUGCUGGACGAUUCUGCGGAGAGGGCAGCCACCCUCUGCUGGCUCAUCUUCGUAAACUUCUUAAUAUUGAGCUGCCCCCACUGCCCCCUACCACCACUCCCAGACCUGGUGCUAGCACCACUUCCCCAACUACCACCACCACUACCACCACCCACGCCCCAGGAUCCGGUUUCUGCAAUGGCAAACCUGACGGUCUGUAUGCCAAGCCAGAGGACAAGGCCAGUUUCUACAUGUGCGCUGGCGGCAUCUCCCACGUGAGGCAGUGCGGGAGUGGAACUGUCUUUGACAACAGCUGCAAGUGCUGCGUGUGGCCCUGAGCCACAAAUGGAGACAAUGUGUAUUACAACUGAUUCAA